CUAAAUAAGGCCACAAUAAGAUGAAGGCCAGUUUGAAGCCUAUCAGGUCACUUUAGCUGGUCCAAAGGCGUUAAAAUUACCUAUUAUGAGGUAGCAGCGAAAUAAACAGUCAUGUAUGAAACUUGCAUGCCUCAUUGUUUUGCAGCUUGCACGCCGGACCUCGCAAGACAAGCUGACGACCAAUGCCAUUGACAUUGGCGGUGACCAAGUCAGACAGGCUAUGCAAAGCAGAUGGUGACCACUGACCACCACUCCUUCCCGGUCAGCGGCGGCCGAGCUGUCAGCAGUAGCUCUCUGACAGUGCCAGUGGCAGCGAUUGGCAGGGGCUGCCAGCAGUAGACUUAUCACAGUGCCAGUGACAGCGACUGGCAGCGCGGUGGUCGAGCUGCCAGUGCAGUAGCUCUCUCACAGUGCCAGUGGCAGCGAUUGGCAGCGGAGGCGGGCGGUUUUCUCUCCACGCUCGAGCUACCGUCGAGUAGAUAUCGUUUUCCACUGGAGGCGCAGGUGCGCCGUAUAAAGCCCGCGGUCGGCUCUGCUCGGCAGCUCAGUAUCUCCCCUCCGCUCGAAGAUGAAGGCCUGCCUGCUCGUUCUGGCCGCUCUGGUCGCGGUGGCCGUCGCCAUGCCGCGUUACGCCCUGGUUCCUAUCGAGGAGCUGCCCUACGCUCCUCCGCGACUGAGGGUGGCCCGCGCCGCGCAGCAGUACGACAGGGAUAUCUACCAGCCGGAGCCUUCUGAGCUGAGGCCGGCGCGUCAGGCAGGCCACCCGGGCGGCUACGGCGACCAGGUCGACUACGGCGCGUACACGGGCGGGUACGGCGCCUUCGGCUGGUACGCCGACUACCCAGUGUACUCGUACGACAAGUACCACCGCUAAACCCAUCACCUGACCUCCGCACCAAGCCACCGCCUGCCGGCAGAGACGCCAGCGUGACCUAUAGGCAGGUCAUCAUCAUAUCGCCCAAGGCAGAACAUAUCAAAACGACCGAGGCGAGUCGUUAUCACAUCACCGAAUCGACAGCCCGACCACCGAUCUGCAGAGUUGUGCAGCACCGCCACCGAGCUGGCCUUUGUUGAGAACGAUGAGCCGCUGCCACAGGCGUCUGUUUGCUGUUAUGUGUCCGGCAGUGGCAGCUGUCUUUCAGCUGAAAUGUGUAUUGAAUGUGCAAUAAAACGACGUAACCAGUGAGA